AUGUCAACUCAAGUCCUGAUGGACGUCAAGUUAUUCUUCGGCACACAAAACUCUCAAAACCAGGUCAGUUGGACUCAAUACGGCACAGGCUUCCGGAUCUCGGUCGCGAACGAAAUGUACACUAAGCACGCAUUCAUGAGCCAGUUGAUUGGCUGUAUGAAGUCGAGGUAUUCGGCGCACUCGGAGAUGGAAAAGUUCUCGAACCUCACAUUUGAAUUGUCAGCACGUGAAUCCGACAUCGACAACGAGACCAUUUUCGAUGUCACCUGGCUUGGAGAAACCCACCCGGAGUGUGUCUUAAGACACUACGGCUUUCAAGCAAAUAAUCCUACAAGUGAUGGGCUGUGGGAUGGCGAACUUGGUCCGCACGUCUGGCAAAUUGCGGUAUUUGCUCAUGAGAGUUCGGAAUCCUCACCAUGGGGCUUAAAGAGUCAUCUGCAACCUGGGAAAGCUAUACAGUCGUUUACAAUAAAGAGGUCCUCCAAACGCCGAAACGAUAGAUUGGCUCAAAGACUAUAUCGCAUCCUACGAGCAAAUACUAGAAUGUUCAAGGCUCCGACGGAAGCAUUUGGGCAGUACUCUUUGCUGGGGUUUUCUGAGUCUCACCUUGGCUGGGAAAAUGGGGGAAAGACUGCAGCCAUAGCUCGACACUAUCAAGCACUGGCUUAUUCUGGAUUACAAGGUAUCGAAGUCGUUUCAAGCGAGAACUCAGAAGUUGUCCUGGCAGCUACGACUCUUUUACUUUGGCAAGCUCCGAACAGGUUGAGUUGGCAACAGCUACGAAAGGGACUGUCGAAUGUUCGAGAGGUCAUGAAACCAUGGGCCCACGAGUCACCGCUUGCCCAUCACCAUGGUGUGGCUGGAUUGGUGCGAACACCACAGCCCGCACUUGUUAGUGAAUAUCGAGUGAGACUUCUCCGCGUUCUAAGUGAACUGCGUUCGCGAUUCGAGGAGAGCGGACCGUCGGAUGAGUCUUUGAGAAUACGGUCUAUUAGGGAUAUGGAAUCAAGUUUACAAUCCAUCGAACAGAACUUCCAGGAUCACCAACCGCUUCUGGAAAUCCGUACUUUAGACUUGUCCGCCCUUUCUCAAGGUCUUUCACGCCUCUCCAAUGCUCACCACGAGUUUUUUGGCCAAAUUCACGUUGUGAGAAGCCUCGUUCUCUGGUUGCCACCAUCAAUUGUGGACACAGAAACAAUUGAACCAUUGGAUCUCGUUCUCCUCGUGCUUGUGUAUGCUGGGCGCUGA